ACAUUAUGGGUGCCUAUUGCUUAGAAUAUUUAAUUAGCUAUAAUUUUGUAAUUUGUGUAUCUGUCGCAUGAAGUUAUAAUUCACAAUUUGAUUUACUUUUACAAAUUUAAUUUAAUUAUUUAUUUAAUGUGAUCGAUCUGUAAUUGUAACGUUUUGUUUAGUUUUGCUGAGGUGGUUGUUACAAAAUACUACGCCUGUUAUCAUGCACAAACGCUUCUAAGUUUGUGUCCAAAAGCUUAGAGCAACGAUCAGUACACUAAGUAAAAUGGGCAGCUGUUUUAGUUGUCAAAGGGGCUCAUCCAGCAAAAAAGACAUAACAGGUUCACCAUCGAAUGCAGGAAAUAAGGAUGCCAUAGGAUCACCAGCCAUACCCAGUGUCCCCAUACAAUUACCACCGCAUGAUAACAUACGUGAGGUCAGGAAUGGUCCAAUGCCUCCCGUACCUGAUCAAGAGCCAUCAAAUGCUACUAAUGCUUCAGCUAAAAUAUUUGUAGCUCUAUAUGAUUAUGAUGCACGCACCGAUGAAGACCUCAGUUUCAGGAAGGGGGAACAUUUGGAAAUUCUCAACGAUACACAAGGAGACUGGUGGCUUGCUAGGAGUAAAGCUACUAAGCAAGAAGGAUAUAUUCCUUCAAACUAUGUGGCCAAAUUAAAAUCUAUUGAAGCUGAACCAUGGUAUUUUGGUAAAAUUAAGAGAAUAGAGGCCGAGAAAAAAUUGCUUUUACCUGAAAAUGAUCAUGGAGCAUUUUUAAUACGUGAUUCAGAGAGCAGACGAAAUGAUUAUUCUCUAUCUGUCCGUGAUGGUGAUACUGUCAAGCAUUAUCGCAUCAGACAGUUAGAUGAAGGAGGUUUCUUUAUUGCUCGUCGAACCACUUUUAGAACCUUACAAGAACUUGUAGAAUACUACAGCAAAGAUGCCGAUGGUUUAUGUGUAAACUUAAGAAAACCGUGUGUACAGGUUGAAAAACCAGUCACAGGUGGCUUAUCACAUAGUACGAGAGACCAAUGGGAAAUUGAUAGAUCCUCAUUGAAGUUUGUGCGUAAAUUAGGACAUGGUCAGUUUGGUGAAGUUUGGGAAGGGUUAUGGAAUAAUACAACACCUGUGGCUAUAAAAACUUUGAAAACUGGCACAAUGGAUCCUAAAGAUUUCUUGGCUGAAGCACAAAUCAUGAAGAAACUCAGACAUACUAAGCUUAUUCAAUUAUAUGCCGUAUGUACAAUGGAAGAGCCUAUUUAUAUUAUCACUGAACUUAUGAAAAACGGAAGUCUCUUGGAGUUUUUACAAGGUAAAGGACGUGGUUUAAAACUCCAGCAACUAAUUGAUAUGGCUGCCCAGAUAGCAUCUGGUAUGGCAUAUCUCGAGUCUCAAAACUAUAUUCAUCGUGAUCUUGCUGCUAGGAAUGUUCUUGUUGGUGAAAGCAAUAUUGUGAAAAUUGCAGAUUUUGGUCUUGCACGUCUGAUUAAGGAGGAUGAGUAUGAAGCAAGAGUCGGAGCUAGGUUCCCCAUAAAAUGGACAGCACCAGAAGCAGCAAACUAUAGCAAAUUUUCAAUUAAAUCUGAUGUCUGGUCUUUUGGAAUUUUACUCACUGAGCUUGUUACUUAUGGACGUAUACCGUAUCCUGGUAUGACAAAUGCUGAAGUGUUACACCAAGUCGAACACGGUUAUCGUAUGCCUAUGCCUCCCAACUGUCCGACAGCGUUGUACGACAUCAUGCUUGAGUGUUGGCACAAAGAUCCAAUGAAGAGGCCAACAUUUGAAACUCUUCAAUGGAAGUUAGAAGACUUUUUCACCAUGGAGGGGUCUGAGUAUAAGGAAGCAUCGGGUUACUGAGAUUUAGCCCGCCUCUCGGAGUGGCCUACACAUUUACCGGCCGUCGCUUACAAUAAUGGCAUGCCUCCACCAUCUGCCAUAUAUAUGCAACACGUAGCUGCAGUUUACCAAGCACACAGACGUCAACAACGACAACAUAUGCACAACAUUUAUUAUCAGCAUUGAUAAAUAAGUCUUUGACCAUCAACAGUAAGUCAUACAUAUGUAUCUUUUUUUAAUUAAUAACUUGUUUAAACUACUUAGUUAUACAUAUAUAUUUUUUUUUAGUUUUAUUACAAUAUAUUAGUUAAUGUUACUUUUAAUCAAUUUUAGAUUAUAACUAUUAGGUUUUUAUGCUUGCUUUCUCAACUCGUCAACAUGUUUCAUUAUGUUCUUUUUUAUUUCCCACUUUUUAAUGAAACCGUUUUUUUUUUUUUUUUUUAAGUCAUACAUAUUUAUUAUAAUUACAUAAAUUUGCAACAAAACAUUUUAAAACGAGUUUCUGGUUUUAAGAUGUCGCGUUCUCAUAAUAUUGAACUGUGAUGUUUUGUUGUUUUUAUUUAUAUGUAAUUUACAAUCUUCAUAUUACACUUUUAAUGGACCAAUAUUUGAGAUAUAUAUAUGUUGUUUAAUAACAUUAAUUCCAUUAACUCGUGAUAUACUUUUCUAUAAAUUAUUUACAAUUUAUAAAUAUCACAAAUUUGAAGAAAAGCAGUUUUUAAAAUCAAAUCUUAGCGACAGUUUUAUAAGUUAUCCACUGAAAAUGUGUAAUGAUCAUUUUUUUGUGUAGCAUUCAUGGUACAUAAUAUAUGGUGACAAAACUUUUCUAACUAAAAAAACUAAAGUGUUGUAUUGUAAAUUACUAUUAAUGAGUUAUUUGAUAAUUAUUUUGAAAACUUAACAUAUAAUGUUUGCUUUUUUAAUGCAUCACUAUAAUCACAAAUUCAAUUUUUUUCUUUACAUACAUUUUGUAUCCUUAAAUUUGGUUUUAUAAUAUUUUCUGUUAAUUAAGGUAAUUUAUAUUACAUCACAGAAUCUAAUUUGUAAUUUUGUAUUGCAAAUAGCAAUGAGUGUCCAAAGAAUAUUUUUUUUUGCAUUAUUUAUUUGUGUAUGGUGUAAACAACAAAUAUGUUUUAUGACUUACUAAAAUAAUAAUUUUAAAGUACAAAGCCAACUCCAAAGGUGUUCUUAAUACUAUUGACGAAUUUACGUAAACAAAAAAAAAACAUCUAAGUGUUCAUAUUUUCAAAGCGAUUUCGAGAGGUAAACGUAAAAAAAAAAUGUAAAUAUUUAAAUAGCAUAAUCAAUUUUGUUCUCAUCACGAGUUUUUCUAUAUUACUUAGUUAAACAUUUAAAGUAUUUCUUUACUUUUUUUUAGUACUUUUGCGUGUGUGCUAAAAUAGAAUACUAUAUAUUUAAUACUUAGAUGAAAACGAACAAUUUAUUUAUAAAUAUUUAUACAUGUUUUUCAUUUUUUUAAAACUCCUAUAUUAAUUUUAUUUUAUUCGUAUCAUUUGUAUUACAUUCUUAUUGUUAGUUCCUUAAUUUAUAUUACUUUACACACUUGUUAAUUUGUAUAUUCCAA